AUUUGGAGGUCCAGUCUUUGCACACACGUUUGGUGCAAAGCAAGAAGUAAAGCAGGAUGUGUGGAAUACUUGCAGCUCUCGGGCUCCAGGGCGACCCUGAGAAAAACAGGCGCAUGAUGCUACGUCAGAGCAAGCUGUUGCGGCAUAGGGGGCCGGACGCAAACUCGAUUUGGCAAAGUACAGAUGGGAACAGCUUUAUUGCUUUCGAGAGGCUGCAGAUCAUCGACGUGACGGACGGCGGCAAGCAGCCAUUCAUCAUCGAGCGGCCAGGUGGCAACAUUGCAUGGGCUCUGAACAGCGAGAUCUACAACCAUGAUGAGCUCAAGCAGAAGUACCUGAAGGGGGUUAAGAUUGUGAAGGAUUCCAAGUCGGACUCGGCCAUCAUUGGGCACAUGUACGAGAAACUGGGAGACUCGGACGAGCUGUGGAACUCUCUGGACGGCAUCUUCGCCUGUGUGUUGGUGGACGAGGCGACUGGGGACUUUGUGGCGGCGCGCGACCCCAUCGGGGUCUGCUCCUUCUACUGGGGCAAGGGGCGCGAUGGCAGCACCUGGUUUGCCAGCGAGAUGAAGGCCCUGCAAGCCCACUGCGAGACCUUUGACAUCUUCCCUCCGGGCCACUGUUACCGCAGCAGGACAGGCAAGCUUGAGCGCUGGUACAAGCCCAAGUGGCUGGACCUGGAGUAUGUGCCCACAGCGCCCGCAGACCUGACCACCAUCCACGACUCACUCGUGGGUGCGGUUGUGAAGCGGCUCAUGUCGGACGCCCCCCUUGGCGUCCUGCUCUCCGGCGGCCUUGACUCCUCCCUCGUUGCCGCCAUUGCUGUCAGGCACAUGAAGGAGUCAAAGAACGCGUACGACACAGACCAGCCGCUGCACACUUUCAGCAUCGGCCUGCCCGGCUCGCCGGACCUGGUGGCUGCGCGCAGGGUGGCUGCCUUCCUCGGCACGCAGCACCACGAGUUCACCUUCACUGUGGAGGAGGGAAUUGAUGCGCUGUACGACCUCAUCUGGCACAUCGAGUCCUAUGAGCAGGUGCGCGCGUCCGUGCCGAUGUAUAUCCUAUCGCGGAAGAUCAAGGCGGGCGGGUUCAAAGUGGUGCUGAGCGGAGAGGGCGCUGACGAGAUUUAUGGCGGCUACCUGUUCUUCCACAAGGCGCCCACUCCUAAGGACUUCCAGCAGGAGACGGUGCGGCUGGUACGCCGGUUGCAUCAAUUUGAUGUGAUGCGCGCCAACAAGGCGCCGUUCUCCUUUGGGCUGGAGCCGCGCGUUCCCUUCCUGGACAAGGCCUUCCUCGAUACCUCCAUGACCCUUGACCCCGCCGACAAGAUGGACAAGCCGGACGGCAAGCACGCGCGGAUGGAGAAGUAUCUAUUGCGCAAGGCAUUCGACAGACCCGAGGACCCCUACCUUCCGGAAGAUGUGCUCUGGCGCCAGAAGGAGCAGUUCUCAGAUGGCGUUGGGUACAACUGGGUGGACGGCCUCAAAGAAUACGCCGAAAAGGUGGUGACGGAUGAGUUGUGGGAGGCGAGGCAAGUCAGGUUUCCAGAGCACACUCCCAACACGCGCGAGUACUAUCUGCUCCGAUCCAUGUUCGAGGAGCACUUCCCCUCACCCUCUGCGCUCGCCACCGUGCCCAAGGGGCUGAGCAUAGCGUGCUCGACGCCGGAGGCGCUGGCAUGGGAUCCAGAGUGGGCAGACACCCACGAGAUCUCCGGCCGCGCCAUGCAAGCAGUCCAUGCCGCCGGCAGCACCUUCACCUACCAGAAGCGCCAGCCGUCCGGGGGCGAUCCCGGGCCGGCCGGCCCGGCCGCCGCCGCCGCGCCGGCUGAGCGGCCGAUUGCCAACGGCAAGAUUGUCCCGCAGACCUCGCCGCUGCCGGCUUGCUCGCGGCUCGACGUGCCCAAGGGUGUCGCGCAGGCUGCCAAGGCCAACGGCAUCCAUGUCGCAGCCGGCUGAUGCCUCUGCAGCAGCCUGAGCCGGCGCGCUUACUGCCGUGGUCAAACUUGCACGUUUUUGGCUCUUCCAAGUGCAGACAAGGCAGGGAGAGGAAGCCCUGCAAAGGAUACAAUUUUCUGCUGAUGUUGCCCGUGCUGGGUCAGACAGGAAAUACAGAUGUUGUGGGAUGGAAUUAGAAGUGUCUGUUGUCAAGAUGAUUGGCAACGGUGCAUUACGGGGAAGAGUGACUGGGGUUAAUUUAUGCAGCUCUGCCAUGACGGGGAAGUCCCAGUGAGGAAGACGCAUAUGGCAAAAAUUGCCUAUUGCAAUGAGAAGAAUUUGUAUUCUAGUGAGUCCUAAGUCACAGUUCGGACAGGGCCCCCAGCUGGAGCUUGGAGGCCUUUUCGGCACUGUAAUGAACAAUUCUUUCG